GUUGACCUCAAACUGCGCGCAGCCGUGACAGUUUGUUCUCCUGUCCAUGUUCCCUUCCUCGUCCUCUGCAGCUUUCGGCCAGGGAAGGGAACAGACUUCCAAACACCGGCCAAUUUAUUGCAUCCGAUCUGGGUGAGUGAAACAACGUCUUUUGAACUCGAGCGAUCGCGUUUCUGGCCAAUUAAGCGGUGACUCAGGAUCACGCACUGAACACGUCAACACCGACAGUACAUUGCAUCCAAAUAUUGCGUACUACCCUCAGGUGUCAGCCUGGGUUAAGCCUCUGAAAUGAGAUUUGAAUCCACAACCUUUCUGAAGCAGAGGUGAAAGUGUUACCAAUGAGUCAAGCAGUUCUGUGGUGUUCUAGGUCACACAUUUAUGGAGUUUCUGAAGGGCAGUGGAGACUACUGCCAGGCACAGCACGACGUCUAUGCAGACAAGUGAACUGUAGAAGUCUACUGCUAUUCCACUUAAUAAACCCCCUCAAGAGCAGAUUACCAGCAACUGGGAGUAAUAGAGGAAGAUUCAUCGGAGACUGUAUCUGGAUGGGGUAACCAAGUGGGCUGUUUUUUUGUUGGUCACAGUAUUACUGGAUUGAAGAUUUGCUGCUUGUCAAGAGCUUCAUCAAAAGCCUUCAAAAGUGUAAGCACUCCAUUGGCAGUGGAAUUUGACAAAACUGAACCUUUUAUUUUCAGCUUUUUUGCCGAAUAGUUUUUUCACUUUUUAAGAUUUGUGCAUUUUUAUAAGAAAAUGGCUCGAAUGAAUCGCCCAGCACCUGUGGAAAUUACCUACAAAAACAUGAGAUUCCUGAUCACACACAAUCCCACCAAUGCAACCUUAAAUAAGUUCAUAGAGGAAUUGAAGAAAUACAGUGUUACCACAGUUGUUAGAGUAUGUGAAGCAACUUAUGAUACAUCUCCAGUUGAAAAAGAAGGCAUUCAGUUUUUGGACUGGCCGUUUGAUGAUGGUGCUCCACCUUCCAAUCAGAUUGUCGAUGAUUGGCUUAGCCUUUUGAGAGUUAAGUUCCGUGAGGAGCCUGGCUGUUGUGUUGCUGUCCAUUGCGUGGCAGGACUUGGACGAGCUCCAGUUCUGGUGGCCUUGGCGCUUAUUGAAUGUGGAAUGAAGUACGAAGAUGCAGUUCAGUUCAUUCGACAGAAACGACGUGGGGCCUUUAAUAGUAAGCAGCUCCUGUACUUGGAGAAAUACCGUCCCAAAAUGCGUCUGCGCUUCAAGGAUUCCAAUGGUCAUCGGAAUAACUGCUGCAUCCAAUAAUAUCGGAGGAUUGAUCACUUAAUUCAUUUGAAGGCAUUGGAGAUGGCCAGCUUGGCUAAUUCAGCAGAAGAACGUAAAAUUUUUAGAUGUGCUUUGUAAUGUCAACUGGUGCUUCCUUCGGAGUUGAAAGAUGAAGGUGGUGUUUUGUUUUAAACCCUGAGAUUCUUGCCUUCAGAUCCACUUUUUGUGAGCUAAAAAGUUGCUGCUGUAUGUUUCUGAACUAGAAAAAGGGUCCCUCCACAAUUGGUAUCAAAGUAUAAACUCUUGUCCACAUUAAUUGUCUUAACAGCUGUGAAGUACAGCAUGUGCACCGUUGCUGUUUACAGAUGCGAAGAUGUAGAAUGGCUAAAUUAAGCAACAAAUUGCUGCCAUGUUUUCUUUAGUGUUCCACAUGUCUGUGUGUAAAAAGCUGGAACCUCUUAAGCAGUUCCUCCCUUCCCACCCCCACCCUGCUUCCUGUCUUGAGUCAUUUUGUGCAUUGCUAAACAACUGUCAGCUUUUUGAUAUCUCAUUGAAAGUUUGCCUGAAUUGGUCAAUGCUACAUGAAUCUUGUGCACAGCUCCUUCAGUUGAGUGUCCUGCACGCUAGCGUCAAAAGAUUUAACUGCUGGCUGCUCACUAUACAUUUCAACACUGUUUACAUGUCCUCCCACAGUCGCACUAGAUCUAGUUGCUGCACAACAUAUACCUAGAUUACUUUUUAAAGAAAUUAUUGUUAACUAAAGUCAAAACAAUACAUUUGGAUGCCCUCUUCUAAUGUAUAUUGUAUUUUCAAAAAGGCUUAAAAUGCAUUUUUGUUGAGAAUCAUGAGACGUACCAUUAAUUCAAAUCUGUCCCUCUGUCACAGUGUCCAAAAGGACAUUUUGGUUCACUAGACUGCGCAUUACAAUGCUCAUAGUGUAUAGAAGCACACACGGGUUUAGUUUUCCAAAUGAAGCAUUACUGGCACUCCACAAUUGAUCUAUAGGGAGAGCCUAAGAGGAGGAUUUGGCAGGGGGGCUAUCUAAUAUUAGUAUGUUGCCUUUUUGUCUUGUGCAGAAAAUGUACACUGGGGUUUGCCCAUUACAUACGGAGUAAUUUUUUUUAAAGGUAGAAAUGCUUUGUUGUAGCUAAAUUCAUAUUGUACAGUAACUUUCCAAAACUUGUAAUCUUUCUUGAUGUAAUAUUGGAAAUUUACCAACUUGUCAGAAGCAUAAUUUUUGAGUUUCUGCUUAAACUAUGCAGGCUAUGAUGUCUGUAAUAUUUUGUAUGCCUUUUGAUUGCAUAAGUUAAUACUUGGAUACUUGAUCAUUUAAUUAUGUAAUUUGAUGCAAUGUUGUAUUAAUGUUAGAUAAACCAUAUUUAUACUGUCUUGGGAGCGUGUGGUAUAGUUCUGUGGGAGAAAUAAUUUGCCAGCAUUCACCAGCUUGUUUAAAAUCUAGUGCGAGAGCUUGUCAUCUGAAAUAAAGUGGGGGAAAAAAGCAAA